CCGAGUCUGGUCUGGUGGGUGGAGGGGUGACAAGUUGGUUCAAUUUACCAGUCACUCGCGUUUAGAAGUAAAGAAAUAUACUUUAACGCCGAGAUUACUUCUAUUUUAAACAUGCGAAUUCCCCUGGGUAUAAUGGUUUACCACUGAAAUCCCAGCACUGAUCAGGGUCGAGGCAGAAGGAUGGCAAGUUCAAGGCCAGCAAACAAAAUCUUGCAAACUCCUUCCUCAUGACACAAAGAAAAAAAGUUGGAGUGUGUAUCUGUGAUGGAGUGAUUGCUGUUUGUAUCUGUCUGUGUCCUGAGAGAGUUGUUUGCUGCUCUUCGCAGGGAGGAGGGUAUUAUAGAGCAGCCUCCAUUGCCCUGGGUGGUUUACCUCCAGUCCCUUGUCCAAUCCUCAUGAUUAGUGUUGAGGAAGUUACUGCGUCUGUCUGCGUUUUAUAGUCACUAAAUCCUAGAAAGAUGAAAUGGUUUGAGCAAAAUAGCAUCGCUAAAUGAGGAAGACUUCAAUGAAUAUUAACUUGCCACCUAAUAUGAUGCCACGAAAUAAUUUGGAAGCCUCUACUUGUAAAAUGGCAGAGCCAUUUAAUUUUGAGAAAAAGGAAAGCAAGCUUCCACCACAGGACUCACUAAGAAGCCCUGUAGCACAGCAUAACCAUCCCAAUUUCAGACUCAAAAGCCCAGAGAGUGGAAAUAAAAAGAACAGUUUCUUGCUUUGUGAGCAAAGCAAACCGUAUUUAACUAGUCAGGAAGACAAUUCGGUGAUCUCUUCAAACCCUGCUUGUAUCAAUGGAGAAGUCUGUGGGACCAAAGGAGACCGGAAGACAUUACCAACAGGAAACCCAGUGUCGCCAUUAAGCCUUGAAAACAGUUCGCCACCCAACCAAGUCAAAACUAAGCCCAACAAUAACGUGUCUCCUGAAAAAUCAAAAAAAUCCCACAAGUUGUUUGAGAAUGCCUUGUCUGUAAAUAAUCCAGCACUCUUCAACUCUCUAGGACCACCCCUGCGGUCAACAACCUGCCAUCGCUGUGGUCUGUUUGGCUCACUGAGGUGUUCCCAGUGCAAGCAGACAUACUACUGCUCCACGGCGUGCCAGAGGAGGGACUGGUCUUCCCACAGCACCAUCUGCAGACCUGUACAGCAAAGUUUGCACAAGCUUGAAGAUAAUAAAUCACCGUUUGAAACGAAGAGCACUGAAGGGAAAAAUGAGCAGAGUGAGUGUCCCCUUGGGAUUACUAAAGACAUGACUACUGGUACUGAGAGAGUGAUGCUUUCUGACUUGAGAAGUCUCCAACUCAAGAAAACCAUGGAAAUAAAGGGCACAAUUACUGAAUUCAAGCACCCAAGUAACUUUUAUGUCCAGUUGUAUUCUUCGGAGGUUUUAGAAUACAUGAACCAACUCUCUACAAGCUUGAAAGAAACAUAUGCAAAUAUGGUGCCUGAAGAUGGUUAUCUGCCUGUUAAGGGGGAAGUUUGUGUUGCCAAGUACACGGUUGAUCAGACCUGGAACAGAGCGAUAAUACAAGGCAUUGAUGUGUUACAGAAGAAGGCUCAAGUCUUGUACAUUGACUACGGAAAUGAAGAAGUAAUUCCCAUAGACAGAAUCCACCCGCUAAACAAGAGCAUUGACUUGUUUCCUCCUUCUGCUAUAAAGUGCUUUGUGGCAGGUGUCAUCCCAGCUGAGGGAGAGUGGAGCGAGGCCUGUGUGGUGUCCGUCAAGGCCCUGCUCCUGGAGCAGUACUGCUCGGUCACAGUCAUGGACGUCUUAGAGGAGGGAGUGCUCACCUGUGCUGUCGAUGUUGUGAUAGAAAGUUCAGGAAAACAGCUGGACCAUGUGCUUGUGGAAAUGGGGUAUGGUGUGAGACCAGAUGAGCAGAACGCCGAGAAGCAGAGUGUGGAACAAAGCACUCCUGAGGACAUGGGAAGAGUGACCCCUGAGAACAAGAUCGUUAUAGACAGAAAUGCCCUCAUCCCCAAAAUGCUGACUUUGAAGGUGGGGGACGAGUUCUGUGGAGUGGUUGCCCACAUCCAGACACCUGAGGACUUCUUCUGUCAGCAGCUGCAGAGCGGCCACAAGCUUGCGGAGCUUCAGGAAUCCCUCAGUGAAUACUGUGGCCAAGUGACUCCACGCUCUGAUUUUUAUCCAACCAUCGGGGAUGUGUGUUGUGCUCAGUUCUCAGAGGAUGACCAGUGGUACCGUGCCUCGGUUCUGGCCUAUGCUUCUGAAGAAUCUGUCCUGGUUGGAUAUGUUGAUUAUGGAAACUUUGAAAUUCUUAGCUUGAAAAGACUUUGUCCCAUAAUUCCAAAGUUGUUGGACUUGCCAAUGCAAGCUCUAAAUUGUGUGCUGGCAGGAGUGAAGCCAUCAUUAGGAAUUUGGACUCCAGAAGCGAUUUGUCUCAUGAAAAAGAUUGUGCAGAACAAGAUGGUCGCCGUGAGAGUGGUGGGCACGCUGGGGACCAGGUCCCUGGUGGAGCUUGUGGACAAGUCGGUGACACCUCACGUCAGUGCUUCUAAAGCGCUCAUAGACUCAGGCUUUGCUGUUGAGGAACCGGAGACAGUGGCAGACACAAGCGACAGUGUGCACACAGCCAACGUUUUCACAGUUCCCUUGGCCAUAGAAGAAAGAGUUGAGCCGUUGGAGUGGACAUGGGUUGAGUUCAGCGUUGAUGAAACAGUGGAUGUGAUGGUCUGCAUGAUGUACAGUCCUGGGGAGUUCUAUUGCCACUUUCUUAAAGAUGAUGCUUUAAAGAAGCUUGAUGAUUUGAAUAAAUCCUUAGCCGACUAUUGUACACAGAAGCUGCCGAAUGGCUUCAAGGCAGAGGUAGGACGGCCUUGCUGUGCAUUUUUUGCAGGUGACGGCAACUGGUACCGGGCUCUGGUCAAGGAGAUCCUGCCGAGUGGCAAUGUCAGAGUGCGCUUCGUGGACUAUGGCAACAUUGAGGAAGUCACCACAGACCAGCUCCGGGCCAUCUCGCCAGCGUUCUUACUCCUUCCGUUUCAAGGGAUGCAGUGCUGGCUCGUAGAUGUACAGCCCAAAAACAAGCAUUGGACAAAAGAAGCUACAGCAAGAUUUCAAGCAUGUGUUGUGGGGCUCAAACUCCAAGCCAGAGUUGUGGAAAUCACCGAGAAGGGGGUGGGAGUUGAACUCACUGACCUUUCCACUCCCUACCCCAAAAUAAUUAGUGAUGUUCUCAUCACAGAACAUUUGGUUUCAAAGUGUGGUUCACCACAGAAGGACUCUUCGAUUUGCAGACUUGCUAAUGAACAUAACCAGAUGGACACCCAGGUGGUGCAAGCCAUCCCUUCAGAGCAGUGGAAGACAAUAGAAUUACCACUUAACAAGACUGUACCAGCAAAUGUACUAGAAAUCAUAAACCCUAACUUGUUUUACGCCAUCCCCAGUGAAAUGCCAGAAAAUCAAGAAAAGCUGUGUGUGUUAACGGCAGAAUUGUUAGAACACUGUAAUGCUCAGAAAGGCCAGCCAUCCUACAGACCACGGACGGGAGAAGCAUGCUGUGCCAGAUACACAAGUGAUGACCUCUGGUACCGGGCCAUUGUUCUGGAAAUGUCAGACUCCGAUGUGAAAGUACUCUACGCAGAUUAUGGAAACAUCGAAACCCUGCCUCUCUCCAGAGUUCAGCCCAUCCUUCCCGGCCACCUGGAACUCCCCUUCCAGAUCAUUAGAUGCUCACUUGAAGGGCUGACGGAAUUGAAUGGAAGCUGUCCGCAGUUAGUGAUGGAAGUGCUGAAGAACACCAUGCUGAAUCAGAGCGUGGUCCUUUCUGUGAAGGGGGUUUCCCAGAAUGUCCACACAGUGUCAGUUGAAAAGUGUUCUGAGAACGGUGUGGUCAACAUAGCGGAGAAGCUGCUGAUGUGCAGCAUGGCAGAAAACCUCACGUCCAAAAGGAAAUGUGCCUCACCUCUAGAAACAACACGCAGCACGGACUGCUGCUGCAUGGAGUUACAGAAACAGAUUGAAAAACAUGAACAGAUUCUUCUCUUCCUCUUAAACAAUCCAACCAACCAAAAUAAAUUUAUAGAGAUGAAAAAUCUGCUGAAAAGCUAAAAGCAGCAUCUCUGGGAAAUGAGCACUCGGGAGGAAGAAACAGCAAAAGCUAGACGAGAGAGAACCGCCUUCUGUUUUGUUUACUGAACUGUGUCCUCCUCUCCCUUAGUGACCUCAGCUCUCUCCACCUGUACUUGCUUCACUUUGUUCUGUUGGGUUGGUCCCCCCCCCCCAGUUCUUUCCACAAAAUACAUGAAUCUCACAUGAGAGAUUCAUAGAAUAGCCAGGCGUGAUGGUGCAUACCUGUAAUCCCAGCCUUGAGGGGAUGAGGCAAGAAGACCUUAAGUUCAUGGCCAGCAUGGGCCACACAGUUUGAUGCUUUCUCGGUUUACGGGGAGACUAGGGUGUGAGGCGCCUUCUGCUAAGUCUGUGUGUGUUCGCUCCACUGAGGAUGGAAGCUAGAGCCUCGCAUGUGCUAGGCAAGCGCUCUACCUGUGAGCUACAGCCCCAGCUCGAGCAUCUCCUGCUGUGUGCAAGUGUUGAAGAAAGUCAGUCGGUGGUGGCAUCGGAUAGGUCUAGUUGGUGGGUAGAUGGGCUUCAGCGUUGUCUGCACCUUCAGACGUUUGCCAGUGAGACUCCUGUCAUCCUCUGCCUCUUCCCCUAAUAAAUGCUGUUUGUUCCUUUGCUUCUGA